UGUUGUUAUCUUUGAGCAAUGAUAAGUUUCCAAUAAAACACAUUUAAUAAUUAGUUGAAUAAUUAAAUGUUACAAUACCAAUACUUAGACAAGACUAUUUUGAUAUUGAAAAUAAAUUUGAACAAUACAGUAGGAAAAUAAAAAAGGAUUUGGUUUAUGCAAUAUAAGAUUAUAGAAUAGUAUAUAAAUAUUGAAUAUUUAGAAAUUGA